AUUUGAAGUUCCUCAACCUCAGAAUUUCGCAACCUUUCAGCAUCCACCCAACUCCAACGCCUCUUCCUCCGGGUUGUCCGUGUUCCCGUCGCGAAUUGCAGCCACGAAGCCUGCGUUCAUCCCCCUCAAACUUCCGGAUAGUGAGGAGGUUUCUGCCUGUCGCGUAGUUACACUUGUACGCACGAGCGCGUCCGAGUCGCGUACUUUAGCUCGACGCUCGACCGAGGGCCCAAGCCGCCACCAUGGCUCCCCGUGCGAAGCAGAGCGGCAACGACACCGAUGUGUCAAUGCCCGACGCACCGGAACAGAGCAAACCAGUACAAACGGCCGACGACAUGGAGGUCGAUGAAACCCCCGACUACACCGACUCCGACACGAAUCCAAACACUACUGCCAGCAGCGUAGCUGGUGACCCCGUAGUCGACGGCCGCAAGAAGCGAUCAGAAGUCAACCAGUUACGUAGGAGUAUCUUCGGCAAAAAGCACGACCGGCUGGGCGAGUCGAAGGAAGAUGAUACACUCCGUCGGUUCCGGUACCUCCUGGGUCUCACUGACCUCUUUCGCCACUUCAUCGAGACAAACCCGAAUCCCAAGAUCCGCGAAAUCAUGAAGGAGAUUGAUCGACAGAAUGAGGAAGAAGCCAGGCAGAGGAAGCGCGGCGGUCGCCAGGGUGGCGCUACUAGCGAGAGACGUCGCCGAACCGAGGCUGAGGAAGAUGCCGAGCUGCUCAAGGAUGAAAAGGAUGGAGGUUCUGCCGAGACCGUCUUCCGGGAGUCUCCUCCCUUCAUCCAAGGCACCAUGAGGGACUACCAGAUCGCCGGUCUGAACUGGCUGAUCUCUCUUCACGAGAACGGCAUCUCAGGCAUCCUUGCCGACGAAAUGGGCUUGGGCAAGACCCUGCAGACCAUCGCCUUCCUCGGUUAUUUGCGCCACAUCAUGGGCAUCACGGGUCCUCACCUCGUCACUGUUCCUAAGUCUACCCUGGACAACUGGAAGCGAGAAUUCGAAAAGUGGACGCCGGAAGUCAACGUUCUCGUUCUACAGGGCGCUAAAGAGGAGCGCCACCAGCUCAUCAAUGAUCGGCUGGUAGACGAGAACUUUGAUGUCUGCAUCACCAGCUACGAGAUGAUUCUCCGCGAGAAGGCUCACCUCAAGAAGUUCGCCUGGGAGUAUAUCAUUAUCGACGAAGCGCACCGUAUCAAGAACGAGGAGUCAUCACUGGCUCAAGUCAUCCGCAUGUUUAACUCUAGAAAUCGCCUCCUCAUCACCGGCACCCCUCUCCAGAACAACCUGCACGAACUCUGGGCCCUCCUCAAUUUUCUGCUCCCUGAUGUGUUUGGCGACUCGGAGGCCUUCGACCAAUGGUUCUCGGGCCAGGAUCGGGAUCAGGACACGGUUGUUCAGCAGCUGCAUCGCGUGCUGCGUCCUUUCCUGCUUCGCCGCGUCAAGAGCGACGUUGAGAAGAGCCUCCUUCCUAAAAAGGAGAUCAACGUCUACAUUGGCAUGUCGGAGAUGCAGGUCAAGUGGUACCAAAAGAUCCUCGAGAAAGACAUCGACGCGGUCAACGGAGCAGGCGGAAAGCGUGAGUCUAAAACGAGAUUGCUCAACAUUGUCAUGCAGCUUCGGAAAUGCUGCAAUCACCCAUACCUUUUUGAGGGUGCCGAGCCUGGCCCGCCUUACACCACUGACGAGCAUCUCAUCUACAAUGCUGGGAAGAUGGUUGUCCUCGACAAGCUGUUGAAGAGGAUUCAGAAGCAGGGCAGCCGCGUCCUCAUCUUCUCCCAGAUGAGUCGUCUGUUGGAUAUUCUGGAGGACUAUUGCGUGUUUCGAGGAUACAAGUACUGCCGCAUUGACGGCAGCACGGCGCACGAAGAUCGUAUUGCCGCAAUCGAUGAAUACAACAAGCCGGGAUCCGACAAGUUCAUAUUUUUGCUGACAACCAGAGCUGGUGGCCUGGGCAUCAAUCUCACCACGGCCGACAUCGUGAUACUAUACGACAGCGACUGGAACCCGCAGGCCGAUCUGCAGGCAAUGGACCGGGCUCACCGUAUCGGUCAGACUAAGCAAGUUGUUGUCUACCGCUUUGUCACGGACAAUGCUAUCGAGGAGAAAGUUUUGGAGCGCGCCGCACAAAAGUUGCGCCUCGAUCAGCUGGUCAUCCAGCAAGGCCGCGCUCAAGUUGCUGCCAAGGCUGCGGCCAACAAAGACGAGCUGCUUUCCAUGAUCCAACACGGAGCCGAGAAGGUGUUCCAGACAAAGGGUGCGUUUGGAACAAUGGCGGAGAAAGGAAGCCAGCUGGAUGACGACGAUAUCGACGCGAUCCUGCAGGCCGGCGAGACCCGAACCAAGGAGCUAAACGCUCGAUACGAGAAGCUCGGUAUCGACGACCUCCAGAAGUUCACAUCGGAGUCGGCCUACGAAUGGAAUGGCGAGGACUUUGCCGCGCGUAAGAAGGAUAUCGGAAUCAAUUGGAUUAAUCCGGCAAAGCGUGAGCGCAAAGAACAGAUUUACUCGAUUGACAAGUACUACAAGCAGACAUUCAACGCUGGAGGAAGGGCUGCCGAGGCGAAGCCGAAAGCGCCCCGUGCCCCAAAGCAGGUGCCCGUUCACGACUACCAAUUCUAUCCCCCGAGGCUCCGCGAACUCCAGGACAGGGAGACGGCAUACUACCGCAAGGAGAUCGGGUACAAGGUUCCUCUCCCAGAAGGCGACGAUGAAAACCUGUCGGAGCGCGAGGCCGAGAGAGCUCUUGAACAACAGGAGAUUGACAACGCCACGCCGCUCACUGAGGAGGAGCAAGAGGAGAAACAAGCGCUCGCCCAACAAGGGUUUGGUGAUUGGAACAGGCGCGAUUUUCAACAGUUUAUCAACGGCUCCGGGAAAUAUGGACGCUACGACUACGAGGGGAUCGCGCAGGAGGUUGACAGCAAAACACCUCAAGAAGUCAAGGCAUAUGCCAAGGUCUUCUGGCAGCGUUACACCGAGAUCGCCGAUUAUCACAAGUAUAUCAAGAUCAUUGAGGAUGGCGAGGAGCGGAUGCGCAAGAUCGAGCAUCAGCGCAAAAUGCUGCGCAAGAAGAUGAACCAGUACCGCGUGCCGCUACAGCAGCUCAAAAUCAACUACUCGGUCUCAACCACCAACAAAAAGGUGUACACGGAAGAGGAGGACCGAUUCCUGCUCGUGCUUUUGGACAAGUACGGCGUGGACUCGGAGGGCAUCUAUGAGCGGAUCAGGGACGAGAUCCGGGAGAGCCCACUCUUUCGGUUCGACUGGUUUUUCCUGAGCCGGACGCCAACCGAGCUCGCGCGUCGUUGCAAUACGCUCCUUACUACGGUUGUGAAGGAGUUCGAGGAUGUCAACACGACCAAGUCGAACGGCGCGAACGGGAAGUUCAAGCGGGAGCCAGACGAUGAUGAGAAUGACGAGGAUAGCAUCCUGGGCUUGGCGCCUGCCAAGAAGAAGACGAAGGCAAACGGUGUCAAGAAUAAGGCUCUUGACAAUGUGAAGUCGGCAAAGGGCAGCAAAGCUAACUCGACGUCUCCCUCGCGGGCGUCGAGUGUUGGGUCUACAAAUUCUACUCCCGCUGGCGCAAAGGCCAAGUCUAAGGGCAAGAAAAAGUAACUCGAAGAGAAACUGGAGGU